UGCCAGUGAAUGCCAUGCGGCUUUUAGCGGGGUCAGCGCUUUUACGAGCCUGCCGGUUAUCAUCCACCCGUGAUCUGCCCGUAAUUCGAGUCGCUCGACGUACACAACUAUGGCUAGAGAGGUUGGAAAAGCGCCAAAUCCGACCAGUUGCUGCUGCCAGGGCCGGGACACCUCUGAUCAGUACUCGCAGGCGGGAACUCAACCAAGCAUUUACGGAGACGUAUAGCAGGUGGGAACAACCCAGUUUAGUUAGCGGUGGAUGGAAGCAUCGCAAAUCUCGAGGAGAUUAUUUUACUAUUAACCGCCGUCGGGAGCACCGUGUGUGGCCGGAGACGGAAGACACAUUUCGUGCUCUUAACCUGGAUGAACACGUUGUGUCAGCGGUGGAGACAUUGAACAUAACUACACCUACCUGGGUGCAGAAGGAGGUUAUUCCGAGGCUGCUCCGGGGCCACAACGUAUUGUGUGCGGCAGAGACGGGUUGCGGGAAAACCCUGGCCUAUUUGCUCCCUAUCAUGCACCAGCUAGUGACACGUAAGGACUUUUGUCGGGACAGCCCUCGCAGUUUAGUUUUAGUACCUUCCAGGGAACUUGCAGGCCAGGUUACUUCAGUUGCUCGCAGUCUUGGCUCGCAGCUUGGAAUUACAGUGCAGUUUGUGGGAGGGGGAAGACGGCGAAAAGUAACAGAGAAGAAACUUGAACGCGUGUCCAUUGAUUUAUUAGUGGCUACACCAGGAAUUCUUUGGAAAGCACUGAAAUGGAAUAAAGUUUCUUUAGCAGACCUUUAUUACAUUGUUUUGGAUGAAGCUGAUACACUGUUUGACAAAACCUUUAAUGAACUCGUUGAAAGCAUUCUCAUGCAAACUCAAAUAGCUUCCAGUGCAAAGGAAGUGCAAGGUCUUCACGGGAAUGCCCAGUUAGUUAUAAUCGGAGCCACUUUCCCAAAAGGGGUUGAAGACAUACUCCGCAAAGUAUUAGAUCUGGGCAGUAUCCACACAAUCAAAAGCACAAAGCUACAUCUACUCAUGCCUCAUGUGCAACACACUUUUAAGAGAGUAAAAAGUGCAGACAAAGUUCCUGAAUUACUGCAAAUUCUGAAGCAACAUGCUGCAGAAAAACCUGAGACAAGCAUUCAGAUUUUUUGUAAUACAUCAAAAACUGUGAACUGGCUUAGUUACAUAUUGGAUGACCAUGACAUCAAGCACACUAGGCUCCAUGGCAGUAUCCCUGCUGACCUUCGGCUUGGUAUCUUUAAAGCUUUUCAGAAAAGUCAAACUGAUGUGUUGGUUUGCACAAAUGUAGCUUCCAGGGGGCUUGACAGUUGCAGAGUAGGUACUGUGGUUAACUUUGAUUUUCCUGACACCAUAGAGGACUACCUGCACAGAGCAGGAAGGGUUGGCCGAGUUGGGAGCAAAAGCCAAGGCAGUGUACUGAGUUUUGUCACACAUGCAUGGGAUGUCGAACUAGUGCAAACUAUUGAAACUGCCGUGCGCAAGAGAAGCAGCCUUCCUGGCAUGAAAUCUAAAAUACAGCACUCCAAACCAAACAGAAAUGUUAAAGAAAAUGAACUGGCAAAUUAAACUGCACAUGCAUAAUGGGGGGGGGGGGGGGAAAUAGAUGUAUAUAAUCUCACACACAGUAAAACGUUGGAUUACGAGUAAUGGGGUUUAUGAGGGUUUCGCAAUACAAGCUGUGUGUGUGUGUUUUUUUUAUUCUGGACUGUAUUUGCGAGCGUUGUCUCGCAAGACGAGCAGGAUUCAAGCCUCUGGUGUGUGCAGUACUGCAUGUGGCCAGAGGUGCGGGGGCGCCAGUGAUGCUUAAGGACACUCAAACACUCUGUUCCCGAAUGUCUCCAGACCCCCCCACCUCUAGCCACUUACGGUACCGCAUACACUAGCGGUGACACUGGAACAAAUGAUCUGAGUUUCCAUUGAUUCCUAUGGGGGAACUUGCUUUGAUAUACGAUAUAUUGGAUUACAAAUAUGAUUCUGGAACAGAUUACACUCGUAAUCCAAAUAUAUAUAUUAUAUAUAUGUGUGUGUGUGCGCUAUGUAUAUUUCUUUAAAAGUACAAUGAAAAGUGCUGUUGCAAUAUUUUUAUUACAGAAGGAUGAUUCUCACUACACUGUUGCCAGAAAUAAAGAGAAUCUUUGAGAGUGGUAA